AGGGUCAGGAGGGACAGUAUAGAACAGGAGGGCGAGCUGUGGGGCCAGGCCCAGAAUUGGGGCAUACGGGUUGAAGUUUCUCCCCGGCCACACAUAGUCCUCGGCACCUGUGUCCUCAGCUGUAAAACAGUUGGAAUCAGAGCUGCUUCUCAGGAAUCAUCUGUUCUCAGGGGCACUUGAUAACAAGCAAGGCACUGGGUGCCACCAGGUAGCCCUGGAGGGUGUAAUGUGAACACCCGAGUAACCAGUUGAGGAGGGGCAGGUGUUCACAGGUGCUGCUGGUCUGCAUUUAGAAAUAAGAGUGUGCAUGAUUGAUUUACUUGGGAAAAUGCCUGUUCGUAUAAUUAGAUCACUGGGCUUUGUAGGUCACUGUGGGCCAAGAAGCAUGUGUUGAUUUCUACCAUAAAAUGCCAACAUCUGGGCCUGUGGCCCAGUGGGCAGCAGUGGGCCUUCGAGCCAGCUGAUACUCUGAGUGCUUGGGGUGAGGGUGGGGGCACUAGAAUCUUCCUGGGCCUCAAGGUCUCAUCAGCAGAGCAUGAAUGGUAAUAGGAUCCACCUCGUGGGUUGUUCCGUGCCAUGAGUAAAUGCCAUGAAAUGCUUGCAUCAGUGCUGGGCCCGUGUCACUUGCUCAAAACGGGUGAGCUUUGCCGUCUACCAGCUGACCAGGUGCUAGGCUCUGCUGGGUGAGUGGACAGAGGCUGCCCUACCCUCCAAGUCACUGAGGCACCCCUUGCUCAGCUGUCUUUAUUGUGGCCCUGCACUGUGUUUACAAAUCUUUGUCCACCCUCUACCCCCAGAACCUCAGCCCAGGAAGUCAUGGCUCUUUGUCUAUUCUGUCAUGCCGUGUCCUGGCACCAGGAGGUGCCUGGCACGUGGCGGUGCUUGGUAAAUAUUGGUUGAGUGAAGCGUAUGUGCUGGAAUGGAAGGCCGACCUCGAACAAGAGAUUGCAGAUACUUAGAAAUGCUUCGAAGAAAAUAAAACAGAGUCACAUGGGAGAGAAAGGACUGUGUCGCCCCAGAUGGUCCUGGGAGGGAGGCUCAGGGAGCAGGUGAUACUUCUACUGAAGCUCCAGCCAUGAGAAGUGUCUCUAUGAGUGGAGGACAGCGCUCCUGGUGUGGGGAACAGCAGGUGUGUGCAGCAACACUAGCGAGGCCUGCAUGAGGCAGGAGGGGAGACCAAAGCAUGCUGAGCCUUUGGACUUUAUUCGGAGCGUGAGGGGCCCCCCGUUUUUGAGCACUCACUGCGGUGAUGUGGACUGUCGGGUAGGCUGGGCGUAGGGGACCAGCGAGCAGCUCUGAGCUGGAGAGCAGUGUUAGAGGCUGUGGGAUGUUAGAAUUGUAGGGAGUGGAUGUUAGGUGAGGAGGAGGGAGGGGGUAAAGGAGGCACUCCUUUAGUCCUGGGCCCCAAGCCUGCCAUCCUCCUCAGCCCUGGAACCCCAUGCCCCAUGUUUUCUGCUCAGGCUUCCCCCAUGAAAGGCCAUGGGGCCAGCUGGAACCUCCUGCCUCUAGUCUGGCCUGCCUGUGGGGGAGGGGCGUUUGUCUGUUGCCAGGUGCCCAGGUUCCGCUGGCACUUGCCACAGCCAUGCUGCUCGCACGGUCCUUCCUGCUAGUGCUACUCCUGCUGGCCAUGCCUGCCCCAACCCACACCUGGUCACGGCCCCUGUGGUACCAGGUGGGGCUGGACUUACAGCCCUGGGGAUGCCAACCAGACAGCAUGGAGAGUUGCAGAGAAAGCCUGGGCUGUCCUGGCCAUUUGAUGGGCCUGGGGGAGAACUACGUCUACCCUGUGGCUGGGGUCACAGCCACCACUACCAUGAUGCUGAUGAUUGCCCAUGUGGUGCAGCGGCGAUGGCGUUUACGGGCCACUAAGUUUGAGCAUCCACAGGUGACCACUGACCCCCCUGGACUCUGGAAACAGCGGACCCCGAUCUCAGACCGCACCCUACUCCUCGGUGUCCUGCACGUGCUGGAUGCCCUCCUGGUUCACAUCGAGGGCCACCUGCAGUCUCUAGCCACCCAGCAGCGAACCCAAAUAAAGGGGACUCCCACCCAGAGUGGGUGACCUAACAUAUGCCUCUCUUUGCCUCAUAGCCAGUCAGGGUAGGGGUGGCCUGAGGCUCUGGGCCAGGCUUGGGACUGUGUGUGUCUUUUCUCUCCAGGCCUGCCUGGACCCUGUUUCCCCUUUCUGUUUUUACAGCCAGCAGACUUGUUGAGGCCUCAGUGCCCCAGAUGGAUGGGCAGGUUUUGCCCAGGCUGGCUCACACUGCUCCAUUGCCUCCACCAACUGACUCCUCACUAAGUAUCCCACCCACAAAUACAAUUGCUCCUCAGGAGUCUCCACUGUGGUGGGAGAAGACUUGACUAUCAGGGCAGACUUAGAUGAUCUGGGGAGGGCUGCCCAGGGGUGAUAACUUGGCUGAACCACUAGUGCUUCUGGUUGGGGCUGCAGCCUGAGCUGGGAGUAGGGGCUGGAGGGGGAGCCCUGGCUGCCUUCAUCUUUGUGGCAGUCUCGAACACUCCCUGGCACCUGAGUGGCCCUUGUUCUCAGGCCCUGGAAGUAAAGUGAGGGCUGAACCUCCCCAAAGGGGAGGCCCUUACCCACCUCCUCCCUUCGUUCUACCAUAGGCAAGUCAGUUUGAGUGGGUACUGAGGCCUCUGCAUUUUUAAGGUCUCUGCUUUUGAAAAAGAAUAUAAUGUUAUGAAUUCAAAAACAGAAAUAGAAGUAAAUUAAAAUAAUGAGAAAAGAAAUCAUGACAAAUCACAAAUGCUAAAAAGCUGACGAUACAAUGCAAAAUCCAGAACAAUAACAUUUGUGGUGACUUCCUGACACAUUUCUGUAAUAUGUUUUCCCCUGUAUUUUCAGGCUGCUCACUCUGAUCACCUUUGCAUAGGACAAGGAUUUUGUAAUUUGGGGGGAAAUAUUUUCCAUACAGAGAAUAGGAAGGCAAUUCAGUCUCCCUUCUUACAUGGUUGAUUGAAAUUUGUGUUUUAAUUAGUGAUAGUUUAGAAAAUUUAUUUCUCUCGUAACCUGUUAUUGAUGGUGUCACAUAAGUGGUCUGGAUUGUUUUCAAAUUUAGGAAACUCAUCAACUUUCUUUCAUAUAGUACGCAUAUGAUUUGGAAGAAUUUUCCACAGCUAAGCUUCUGGCUCCACACAUUUCAAAUCUUGUUUUCUCUCCAUGGCCCACAAUUUUUCCAGCACUGGGCAAGAGGACCUUGCACUUCUAUCCUGACCGGAGGUUUCUGGAAGCCAUUCCUACACCAGGACAGAAACGAUAAGCUAACCAUACAGAGGAGUGGAGCAAGCCACAUAAAUAAGGCCCUCUACACCCAAACCAAGUGUGUCCCUGGGGUACACUUGGAGAUAUGCUGCCUGGGUUCCCCUUCAAGGAAGGCCUGCUGCUGCCAGCCACCAAGAAGGCAGCCAGCAGAUGGGUCUACCUCAGCAGUAAAGAGCCCCGUCACAGCUAGUUUUCUCCCUCAGCCCAACCCUUUCCCUCCCUACCUCAGAUGCUGAGCUUAAAAGAUUCCCUGGUAAAGAUCCUGAUCUCCGUCUUGGAUUCUGCUUCCCAGAGAAACCAACCUGGGACAGUCCCCAACCUACCUUCCUCUUGGCUGGACCUCAAAAAUGUCACAGCUUCUCUGAUGUCCCCUGCCUGAGGGGAGGUGGGAUGGAGGGGAGUCUGAGUGGGAAAGGACAGAGGUACUCACUGAAUACAGUUAGAGUAUCUUAGUUUUGCAAGUUUUCCAAAAAUACUUGAUCCUAUGAAUACACUUCUGGGGCUCCUCCCAAGGCCUAGAAAUGAAGGGUGUUGAAGUUUGAGCUUCAUCAGCCCCUUGUUAGGCCUACUUCUACAAUCUACAAGUUUCAGUGAACACCUACUGUUUGCUAACCUAUUGUUGAUGCCAGGAUCAGCUGAUGUACAGAACAGAACUGGCUCCUCCCUCACCCACUCACAAAUAGGAGAGGGUGGUGGUGGUGAAAUAGACUCAAAAAGGCCAUUGCUCUGCAGAGAGGUGGGCUGACUCAGUCCGGGUGGGGCAGGGGUGGGCUGACUGCUGGGACCUGAAGGAUGAGUGGGGUGACUACAGAAGGGGGAGAGUGCUCCAGUCAGAAGGACAAGGGUGCGUACAUGGGUCUGGUGGGGGGACAGACCUUUACCUGUUCUAGGAACUAUAAUGUGGUCAGGAUUCCAGGGGAAAGAAGGCACUCUGGAGAGCAAGAGGGAGCAGGCUGGUAGGGGCAGGAGUUGGUGCCUCCUAGGGAGGGUGUGGUGGGGAGAAUAAUGGCCUCUCAAGAUGUCCGUGGAAUCUGUGAAUAUGGUACAGUACAUGGCAAAAAUAACUUUGCAGAUAGGAUUAAGGUUAAAGAAUUUAAGAUUAUUAUGGAUUAUUUUGGUGGGCCCAAUGUAAUCGCAUGAACUCUUAAAAGUGGAUGAGGAGGGCAGAAGAGUUGGUCAGAUUCAAAGUGUGAAAGUCACUUGAUUCUCUGCUGCUGGCUUUGAAGAUGGUGGAAGGGAUCUUCCACCAUCCAAGGAUCCAAGGCAUUUUGUUUGCCUCUAGAAGCUAGGAAUGACCCUCAGGUGAUAGCCAGUGAGAAAACAGGAAACUCACUCCUGCGGCCACUAGGAUCUACAUUCUGUCAACAGCUGGAAUGACCAAGGACAUAAAUUCUCCCUGAGAGCCUCCAGAAAGGAAUACAGCCCUACUGAUGUCUUGAUUUUAGCUCAGUGAGAUCUAUGUUGAACCUCGGGCCCAAAGAACUGUGAGAGAAUAAAUUUAUGUUGUUCUAAAA